CGUAGUUAACCCUGUAUGUACAGGAAUGCUUCAGUGAUAACCCUCACCUGGUGUGUGAGGAGACUGCAAACUACCUGGUUAUCAUGUGCAUUGACCUGGAGGUGGAGGAGAAACAUGCUCUCAUGGAACAGGUGGCCCAUCAGACCAUUGUUAUGCAGUUCAUCCUGGAACUUGCGAAAAGCCUAAAGAUCGACCCACGGGGAUGUUUCCGCCAGUUCUUCUCCAAGAUAAAGACGGCAGAUCAGCAGUAUCAGGAUGCCUUUAAUGAUGAGUUGGCGUCCUUUAAAGAGCGUGUACGUGGCCGGGCAAAGGUCCGCAUUGAGAAGGCCAUGAAGGAGUAUGAAGAGGAGGAGAAGAAAAAACGGCUUGGUCCUGGAGGUCUGGACCCUGUGGAGGUGUACGACACCCUGCCCCAGGAAAUGCAGAAGUGCUUUGAUGAUAAAGACAUCCAGAUGUUACAAGAUGCCAUCAGCAAAAUGGAUCCCACGGAGGCGAAGUACCACAUGAAGCGCUGCAUUGAUUCGGGUCUGUGGGUGCCGAAUUCACAGCCAGACGAUGACCGAGAGAAGGAGGAGGAGAAGGAGGUGAAGGAGGAGGAGCCUCAGUAUGAGGAAGUGAAGAUUGGAGAUGCUCAGUGAGCCCUGAUCCUUAAUAUCACAUUUCUCCCUUAUUACCCAGAAUGCUCUGGUCUGACCUAAAUGUGGGAGCUUCAUGGAGUAGUAUUUACUGGUCAGGAACUGGGGCUACUGGAACACAGUAUCAUGACUCCAUUCACAACUGAACAUUUACCCAAAAUACAAGAAACAAACCUACAGAUGUCGCCCUAAACUAAAGCGCUUCCUGUGCUGUGGCUGUGCGCAUGUCUUGUUUUUUAUUUCAUUUUUUAUUCUGCCCUCCUGAGGUGUUCUUGGCUAUUUCCACUCACCCUACUAUAGUUUCGUACAUGAUGUCAGUAACGCAGGGCUGUGAUUGGCUGAUUAAAGCAUGUUCUCUUUUAUUAAUAAACUCUGUAGUUGCACCUAUUGGUUUAUCAGUAAAGUGUGUUGAUCAGUCAUAAAUAAUCCAUUAGCUUGUACAGCUUUAUUUCUCUUCCUGUGCACAUGGACCUCACGCUUGUUUGUGUAUGAUGAUGAUCAUGUUAGGGUCAGACUGGUGUCCUCUUUAUUUGUACUAGAACUGUGAUGGCUAAAUAAAGGUCUUCUGUAAACACA